AUGACAUCCUUUGAAGAAUUCGAAGCCAACCCGCCGCGGACGGAGGCUGAUCUCGAAAAACUUGCCCAGAAACAAGUGGCACCAGCCGCGGUAAGAUUUCCAUUAUUCUCCCUUGGAUUGGCUCCUCCUCAGCAACUGACCCCGGCCCGUAUCUUCUUCUCGACCUACCAGGUGCCCGAAGGAUACCUCUCGCAAUUACGCGCACAUUUGAAGGAGUUUCCCCACGACUUUCUAUACCACUUGACGCCGUUUGAAGGUAAUGGCUUUGGCAUGAUCAAGUGUCUCGAACCCGGCUGCUCGUCCUAUUCCAUCCCCCUCAAACCACGAACCAAACGACCCGACGGCGGCCGCUCGACCGGUGUUGGUGGACUCUCCGAAUUCCAGCAACACAUCAUUGAUCACGAAGAUCACGAAGCACUCAGAGAUCGUCGUGUUGCCCGUCGGGAGGAGCGAAAUUCAGCUUCGCCCAUCCCGCAACGUGCUUCCGAGAGCAGGACUUCUCAAGCGGCCGUCCAGCCCAUCACCCUAAACCUGGAUACCGAAGUUACCAAGCCUAAUCGUCUUACUCCUCUCGACAAUAAUCCCAAUUUGUCUCGCCCCCCCUCGUCCUCCAGGAGCCAAUCAACGAGUUCUCGACCCGCCAAAAAGAUGCACAUGACCCCGGGGCGCUCUGGCGCUUCCAGCAAACCCAUGCGCCAGACUCCAGUGAUCGAUUUGUCGUCUUCUGACGACAACCUGGGCGGAUCAAGUUACCCGCGGACGAGCACCUCGAGCCCCUCCAAACAACGACCCGCGAUUAUCGAUGUGGAUACCUCAGACGGUGACUCGGAUCCUAAGAUCACGACCGUCAAAACCUUUGGCAAAAGUACUGCACCGAUCGAGGUGGACGACGUCAAACCGAAAACGUUCGGCUCAAGCAAGCCAGCUAUCGAUGUCGACGAUCUCAAGACCUGGUCGGACGACGACGAUCCGAUGGUUUGGUUAGAUAGUCAAGGCUUUGUUCCUUCCGCCCACUUGCGAAACCCGAAGCCGUCUGUCACGCCUGUGCCCACCAGUCGCCUCAGCUCGUCGAUCUUACACGGCCGAUCGAGUGCCACACCGACAGGCUCCAUGGCGGAUCGCAAGCCGAAUCUGCCCGGCCAUCUUUCCUCCCACAAGAAGCCCACGCCCAAAUCGCGCUUGGAGGCCGUGAUCGCUGGCUCUCCUUACGAAGAGAUGAAGCGACAUUUGGGCGGCGAUCGAUCGCUCAAGGCCGAGCCUCACAUCAAGGCCUCCUCUCUGUUCUUUUCCUCCCCUCAAGUCCCAAGCCCCUCGACGAGUGCGCUCGCCAAUUUCAAACGAGAGUCUACUGCCCAGUUGUUCGGAAACCAUGGCGGGCCAGCAUCGGGCAUCCCGUUCAUGAAGGCCGAUCCGUUUGGAGACCACAAACCGAGCGGGAGUCAGUUCCCGAAAAGCGAUCCCUAUGGGGACCAGAAGCCUAGUGGGAUUCACAAUCCGUGGGCUCACGAGAGCGACGAGGACUGCUCAGAUGACGAUCCGAAUCAUGUCUCAAAUCUCAUGAACUCCGUCAGCCGACUGUUGCCUCCCAACAUGUUCCUCAACUCGCCUAACCAUCUCGAUCCGACCUCGCCUUACUAUACUCCGCCCGUCCGGCUCGAAGAUAGUCACGAAUUCCUCACUCAAGCCGUCCAGAAUAUGAACUUCACUCAUAACGCUACCGUCGCUGGCGCCCGUCAAGAACUCGGCCUGGUUGAGGGCGAAGAACCUCGGCUCGAGGGCCUGCAAGUCUUACUUAUGCCUCAUCAGCUCAUUGGCGUCGCUUGGAUGAUCAAACAAGAAAAAUCGAAGAACAUGGGUGGGAUCCUAGGUGACGAAAUGGGUCUUGGGAAAACCAUUCAAAUGAUUGCCACGAUGGUCAAGAAUCGGUCGGAAGAUUCGAAGAUUAAAGCCACCCUUAUAUUGGCCCCCUUAGCCCUCUUGAGUCAGUGGAAGGAAGAAAUCGCGGAACGAUCGACCUGUGAUUUAAGUGUUUUAAUAUAUCAUUCAAGCACUAAGGUGGCUGAACGCAAGAAGGUUUCGAACUACGAUGUGGUGAUCACCACGUUGGAUACUCUUAGGGGCGAUUGGUGGGACGACGAGGAUAGCGAGACUCCCAAGAAGCCACGCGGACUUUACAAGAUUGAUUGGUACCGAGUGGUGAUCGACGAAGCGCAAAUCAUCCGGAACCGUCAGUCGAAGAAGAGUCGAGCGGUGUGCGCAUUGAAGUCGGUCUAUCGAUGGUGUUUGACGGGUACGCCGAUCUUCAACAAUUUAUGGGACAUCUACCCAUACCUCCGAUUCUUGCGGAUCCGUCCCUACAACGACCAUCAUCGAUUCCGCGACCACAUCUCGCGGUAUGAGAAGAAGAAGCCUAACCUGGCCACCCAACGUGCCCAGGCUGUCCUGGGCACCUGCAUGCUUCGGCGACAGAAGGAUUCGAAAUUGGACGGCAAGCCGCUCAUCGUCUUGCCCCCCAAACACGAGGAAGACGUCAUGCUUCCCAUGUCCCCUGACGAACGUGAGGUCUACGACAUGCUCGAGAAGAAAGCUCAGCGCAAGUUUAAUGUGUUCCUCAGAAGAGGUACCGUCUUGAAGAAUUUCGCUUGUAUCUUGGUCUUGCUCCUCCGACUGCGACAAGCCUGUGGACAUCCGGAGCUUGCGAUUGAAGAGGAUUCAAGUCCGCAAAAUGUCGACGACUCGGCCGACCCCGAGUUCGCCGAUCCAGAAAGCGAACUCGCACGGGCUAUCCAAGAACGAGGCCAGGAAUGGGUCGACAACACGAAAAAGAAAUUCGAAGCCGAGGCCCAAGAGUUGGUUAAAGCUGAGCUCCAGGACCGCAACGAGGCCGCUGCUCCUGAAUGCCCGAUUUGCAAUGAUCCACUGGAUGACACCUCGCGUAUCACGGCGUGUGGACAUGUGUUCUGCGAAGGCUGUCUGGACACACUCUUGAUGCAACCACGCACGGUGAUGGACGACGAGACUGUGACAGACCCGAACAAGAUCACCAAGCCCUGUCCGAACUGUCGGGCCCCGUUCCGUCGGCUCGAUACCUAUCUCAAAUCCGCCUUCCUCCCUCCCGCCGAUAAGAUCGAGGACGACGACAACGAAGAGUUGCCCGACUCUGGUGUCACCCUGCAUCGCAAGAUGCGCAAUGGUAUCCUCGACGAUUCUGACAAUGAUGAUGAGAAAACUUCCGCUAAAGGAAAGGAAAAGGAGAUUUGCUAUCGCUCCGGAUGCGUGCCCUCAACUAAACUCGCGUGGCUCUUGAAACAAAUCGAGGACGUGAAGAAAGAGAACCCGACCGACAAGAUCAUCGUCGUUAGUCAAUGGACAAGCAUGCUAGCCAUAUGCGGCACCUUCCUUCGCGAACGAGGGCUCCGUUUCGUCUCUUAUCAAGGAGACAUGAACACUGUCGAACGUAAUCAGGCCGUCAAGAACUUCAAGACCAAGCCGGAAUACUCGAUCAUGUUGAUGUCGUUGAAGUGCGGCGGGGUCGGGCUGAACUUGACAUGCGCAAACCGGGUCGUUUCGCUCGAUCUUGCAUGGUCGCCAGCGAGUGAAAAACAAGCGUUCGAGUAG